UGUAAGUGAAAGAUUUCCCGCGAAAACCGAAAGAAGAGAGCCAGAUCAUAUCAGAUUCAAGUUUAAAUUGAAGAUUAUCUGAGAAAUAUAAUGGAGUCUGUACCACUAGAAAUGGAUGAUAUAUUUGGAGAUGGUGAAGAGGAAGAUAAUUAUCCUGGUCCAUUAGCUGAUUUACCAGAAGAAUUAGAGCCAACACAAAAUACAGAUUCUCUUCAAAAUGCAGAAAAUGAUGAAGUUCUUUCAAAAUUAAAAGAUUUAUCAAAAGGAGCAGCAAAGAACACUGUCCGCCGUCCUAUUCCCAAGCUAGACAGUAAGAGAUUGACUGGAGAAAGAGGUAUACCGAUCGUUCCCAAAUUAUUUGAAAAUGUUAAAUUCAAAGGAAAAGGGCAUGAGAAGCAUGAUCUAAAACUCGUAAUGGAUAAAUUAGAACAUUGGAGUCAUAGAUUAUUUCCCAAGCUGCCAUUUGAUGAAGUUCUUGCACGAGUAGAAAAGCUGGGAGCUAAAAAAGAAGUACAAACUUGUAUCAAGAAGAUGCGACAAGAUAUGCCUAUAUUAGAUGAAGAUUUUGUGGGUGGUGGGGAUGAGGCAGAAGAAGAAGAAGAAGAAGAAACUACAACCAAUGAUAAACCCACUUCUACAAAUAAUAAUAAUCAGACUGUAACAGAUAUGGAUGCUGAAGAUGUUUUUGAUGAAAUUAUGAGACAGGAAGCCAGUCAGAGAGCCAGCCAACAGAAACCAGCAGAACCCACUGUAUCUCCUGUUAAAACACAAACUAUGUUGUCUGAUGAACAGAAGGAAAGAAUAGAAAGAAAUAAAAGAAUAGCGCUGGAGAAAAGAUUAGCAAGAUUAGGUCAAACACCAAAUAAAAAUGGAAACACUUCAUCUCAAGUUCCAACCACAUUGGAAGCAUCAAAUGUGAGUUCACAACCUUCUAACUUGAUAGAAGCAGCAUCAACAGAGGAGGAAGAAAAUCAGUCAGGUCCUUCAAAACCUUAUCAAGAUAUUAAUGGAGAUCAAGAAGAUAAAGAUGAAAAUAAAACUAAAUCACAAGAUUCUGUUAAUAAUACAGGUGGUGAAUUCUUGGCAGAUGACCAAGAAAAUGUUCAUUUAAAAACAAAUACGACAACAGCAAGUCAAGUUAAAGACAAUUCUCCUGAAACUGUGGGAAAAGAUGAAAUUUCGAAAGUUGAUUCAUGCAACACAACAGCAAGUCAAGUUAAAGAUAAUUCUCCUGAAACUGUGGAAAAAGAUGAAGUUGCGAAAGUUGAUUCACGCAGCACAACAGUAAAUCCAGUUAAAGACAAUUCUUUCGAAACAGUGAAUCAAGAUAAACUUGCGAAAGCUGAUUCACUGAACACAACAGCAUGUCCAGUCAAAGACAAUUCUUCCGAAACUGUGGAUAAAGAUGAACAUGCGAAAGUUGAUUCACAGAAUACUGAAACUGAAAGUAGUGAUAAUAGUGCUUCACAAAUCGAUAACAAAGAUGAACAGGUAUUAGAAAACUUAUCAGAAAAUAAAGUAGGUAAAAAAUUGCAGGAUUCCACUGUUUGUGACAAAAACUCUCCUGUUCAAAAUAAUAUUGAUGAUGUAAUUGAAAUGAGUUCCGAGGUGUGUUUGGGUAAAAAUAAUGAAAGUAAAGUACAUGAAGAAUCCCAGGAUUCCACUGUUUGUGACGAAAAUAUUUUUCCUCUCAAAAAUAAAGUUGAUGAUGAUGUUGAAAUGGGUUCAGAGGUGUGUGAGGGUAAAAAUGAUGAUGUUGCCAUGGAUACUGAUGAACAACAAAAAGCAGAAGAAAUAUUAAAAGAUCUAGAUGAUCUGUGAAUUAUAAUUGACUUUUUGUAAUUUUGUGAGGGAAUAGCAAAAGGAAACUUUUUACUGAAAAAAGUUUUACAUUCUUCAGUUGCUCUGUUAGAGGCUAUAUGAGCUUAGCCUAUUCAUGCGAAAUUUGUACUGUAUUAAAAUAUUAUAUGUUUAGAAGCUGUGACAAGCAAUAUAUUAAACUGGUCAAUUUUAAGUGAAAUUUUUUUAAUUCCAAACAAUCAUGAAGUAUUGCAAGUCUGGAAAUAUGGCACCGGUUACAGCGUGACAUAAAUGUUGCAAGUACCAAGUACCACAGAUUAAGUUGUAAGAAUUUCUAAAUUAAUAUCUAACAGGUAUAUUGAAAAAC